GGAGGAGACAGUGAUGGCGCCAGAGCCGCGGGCAAGGAUCAGGCAAGUUCUCUUUGUCUGUAUUUUUCUCUUUGGGGGGGUCCGCGUGGCGUGUGAAACCGCUCGCUAUUCUAUAGCUGAAGAAAUAGCGAGCGGCUCCUUCGUGGCUAAUUUGGCAAAGGACCUGGGUCUGGAUGUGAAAGCGCUGCCUUCUCGGCAGGCUCGGCUCGUUGCGGACGGUAACGGGAAGUAUUUCCUACUGGACCUGAGAGCAGGGGAACUGGUCACAAAGGACAGAAUAGACAGGGAGGAAAUAUGCGCCCAGAUGGACGAAUGCAUCAUCCGUUUUGAAUUAUUGCUGCAAAAUCCACUGAGGUUCUUCCGGGCUGAGGUGGCCAUUUCUGAUGUCAACGAUCACUCGCCUCAGUUCCCAGAAGAUGAAUUCGUUUUAAAGAUUCCUGAAUUGACUCCUAUUGGAACUCGCUUCCCCCUGGAGAGUGCCCAGGAUUUAGACGCGGGGGAAAAUACCCUGCAGAACUACACUCUCUCUCCACCAAGUGAGCUCUUCGUUUUGCACACUCGGGAGCGCAGCGAUGGCAGCAAGUACCCGGAACUGCUCCUGGCAAAGGCCCUGGACCGCGAGGAGCGACCUGAACUUGAGUUCGUGCUCACCGCCGUGGACGGCGGAAUCCCUCCCAGCUCGGGAACAGCCAAGAUCCGUAUCGUUGUCCUGGACGCAAAUGACAACGCCCCAGUGUUCUCUCAGUCUCUGUACCUAGCUACUGUUGCAGAAAACAGUCCGGCGGGCUCUGUAGUGACGACUGUAUCUGCAGCUGACUCAGACCAAGGUAGUAAUGGAGAAGUGGCUUACUCAUUCAGUCAAAAUGCCGGCAAAGGUCAUCGUGUUUUCCAGAUUGGCGCUCUGACGGGAGAAAUUCGAAUCUCCAAACCUCUGGAUUUUGAAAUGACUGAGAAGUAUGAACUGAGUGUUCGGGCCACCGAUGGAGGGGGGCUAUCCUCGCACUGUAAAGUCCUCGUGGAGGUGGUGGAUGUGAAUGACAACCCCCCUGAGGUGACAGUGACUUCUCUCUCCACUCUACUCCCUGAAGAUUCUUUGCCUGGAACAGUGGUGGCCCUUUUUAGCGUCCGGGACCGGGACUCUGGGGACAACGGGAAAGCAUCUUGCUCCAUUCCAGAAGACAUCCCCUUCAUCCUGAAACCGACUUUCAACAAUUACUAUGAGCUAGUGACAGAUGCAGUCUUGGAUCGGGAAAGGGUUUCCAGCUAUAACAUAACGGUCACUGCUGUAGACUCCGGAUCACCCAGUCUCUCAACUCGGGAGACUGUCACAGUGCAAAUAUUAGAUAUCAACGAUAACCUGCCUCUCUUCAACCAAUCAUCCUACACUAUGUAUGUAACUGAAAAUAACAGUCCUUCCUUGAUGAUUGGAGGGGUAAAUGCUACUGAUUCAGAUUCGGGGCAGAAUGCUAAAGUCACAUAUUCUAUCUGGCCUGAAAACAAAAGUUCUCCCUUUUCAUCCCCAUUCAUUUCCAUCAAUUCAGAAAAUGGACACGUCUACAUUCUGAAGACUCUUGAUUAUGAGGAAAUCAAAGACUUCAAAGUGACCGUGCAAGCGUCAGAUUCAGGGUCCCCAUCCUUGAGCACUAAUGUCACAGUAUAUAUAGUCAUUGUAGAUGAAAAUGACAAUGCCCCAGUUAUUUUAUAUCCUAUGCAGAACCACUCUGCUUCCUACAAUGAACUGGUCCCAAGGACAGCUGAAGAAGGUUACUUGGUCACCAAAGUGGUGGCUGUGGAUGAAGAUUCAGGUCAGAAUUCCUGGCUUUCCUUCCAGUUGCUCAAGGCCACAGACCCUGGGUUGUUCGUUGUAUGGUCGCAUAAUGGAGAAGUUCGAACUGCAAGGUCUAUCAGUGACAGAGAUGCUAUCAAGCAGAAACUUAUUAUCCUUGUAAGAGACAAUGGCGUCCCAAUGUUCUCUACUCCUGCAGCUCUAGACCUUCUUCUCGUGGAUGGCUUUUCAGAAGCCCAUAUGCAUGUCCCAGAUUCCACUGAAGAGGAGAGGCAUGAUGACACAUUGACUGUGUAUUUGGUUAUUUCAUUGGCUUUAAUUUCCUUUCUCUUUCUAGUUUCCAUCACAAUCUUUAUAAUUAUCAAGGUGUAUAAGAGGAAACAGCUGAGGGAGAGAUCCCAUUGCUCUGGCCAUUUUGAUGAUGCUAAUAAUUUCCCAAGAAAUUUGGUGGAUGUUAGUGGCACAGGGACUCUCUUUCAGACAUACAAAUAUGACUUAUGUUUAACAGAUGACUCUGGUAAUAGUGAAUUUAAAUUCCUCAAACCUAUUAUCCCCAGUCUCCCACCUCAGCUGGAGAAUAAUGAAAUGUUCCCUCAGGGGAAUUAAAGCUUUUCCCAAUAUUGAUGCAGAGGAGAACGGAAAAUAGUAAUACUUUGACCUUGCUUAACAUGUUUUCCAGAGUGAGAUAGGGAUAGAGGUAUAUGAAGAUUUCUCUAUAGUAUAAGCUUGUCCCUAUGUAGUCUUUGUAUCUUUGCUAUACUUACUUUUGAUUAUGGGUCUUCUUUUUUGAAAGCAUGUUUUGCUUUUUGUAGAGCUAUUUCUUAACUCUAUAAUUUUAACAAUUUAGUUUAGAAACUAACAUACCUAAUGGGCAAUUUUUGGAAGUACAAUAUAUGAUCAUGUCUAGCCCUUGGCAAACAGUGGGUGUUUAUAUGCUUUAACAUUAGUGUACGACAUAGGAUGACUAGAAUGAUUCACAGAAAGAUGGCAUUCAGAAAGGGGGAAAAAAAGAAAUGUUGAAAAGAAAUGUCAGGAAAACUACAAUGUUUCUUUUGAACUGUCUAGACUAACUGAAGAGUUGAAAGACAUUUGAAGGAAUGGUUAUGGUUAUUAAAUAUUGAUGUGUUAUAUUAAAGAUUUUAAUUCCAAAAUUAAAUUUGGCUCUUAUAUGUCACAAAUUGAUUUUAUAGAGACAAAAUUUGGAAGACCCUGCAAAUAAGAAGUGAAGACUCAUGCAUAACACAAACUUAUACUAGUGAUAUUAAGAAUAAUAAUAUCCAUAAGAUAGCACUACUGUUUCUACCAACUUCACAAAUCCUCCAACACUAGAACAAUUUUCAACUCUCUUCCCUUUCAUUCCAUACCAUUACCAUGUGCUACUUAAUUUCUUUGGCAAAUUUUUUUGUGAGUUGUUUCUUUUCCAAUCCCAUAGAUAUUACCCAGCUACAUCAUGUUUAGGCUUCUAAAAGAUCUCCUAAUUAGCCUUCCUACCUUUCCUCAUUUUACUUUAUUCUUGAACAUCUAUACUCUGCACAGCUGAAAGAGUCAUCUUUAAGUAUAGAUUUGACAAUGAAAUUGCCAUUCUCAGAGUCUAGUUUGCCUCCCACUUACCUUGUGAGCCAAAUUUAAAUAUUUUUGGUAGAAGGAAAACAGAAGCAAAGUAGCUAUUGUGGCAAAGCUAACUUGCUAAAGUAUGUCUUAAUAAUAAAACCAUACAUAACAGAACCUUAACACUUAUCAACAAAUAUUUUAGGCACCUAUUCCAUACAUUCUAUUGUGUUUGCACUAAGGAAGACACAAAGAUAAAUAUAAUAAAGUUUCUAUCCUUAAGUAACUGACAGUCUAGCAGGGAUGAAUAAGAUACACACAUACGACUGUAUUCAACAAUAUAAUCAGUAUCAUAAGAUCAAAGUUGCAAAGCUGUGUUUGGGGCUAAAAUUCUAGCUAUACUGUCUAAAAAUCUAAUGAGUGGUUGCCAAUAAAUUAGAAGCUUUAGCGAGAGUUUAGACUUUUAAGCAUAGACUU